AUGGCCGACUGGUUCGGGAAGAAGGCGCGAGAAGCGGCCGAGGUGACGGCCGGAGACAAACAGGGCACGUUCAACCAGGCGUCUGAGGAUCGGCUGAAGCGGGCGUUCGAGUCGCAGAUGGAGGCAUUUCCGGCGUCCUGGGAAAAGGCCGAAAUGCCCGACCCGGUGGUGUCGUCGGCGAUGGAGAAGGUGACCGUCUCGCGCUCGCACCUCGUCUACCGACUGCCUGCCACGACUACGCGUAAAGCCGACGAGAAGAAGCACGGUGUCACCGACAGCUGGAGGAAAUUCGGGGCCUACAUCAAGCUGUGCGAGAAACAAAUCUCCUCAGAAACGAAGCCGAUCAACACGUGCGCCGAGGCGGAGAAGCGGCUGCUCGAGAAGCUGCGCGACGAGAACGAGACAAAAAACGAGAAGGGCAAGACGAAAAAAUCGAAGCGCAAGAAUCGAACGAAAUCGGAGCAGGACAGCGCCAAGGGCAAGCAGAAGGCCGAGGCGGCCGGUGCUUCGAAAGUGGAUACGGGUGACGGCGCAUGCUCGACGAGCAGCUCCUCGUCCAACAACAGCCUGCCGCGCGUCUUUGCCAGAAAGCAGAUUGACGAGGCCGUCGGGAGCAAGUCGACGUCACGCGAAAAAACCCAGCCACCACCACCCAAGCCAAAGCCCAAC